AUGCACUCGGUGAGCAUGCCUGGAUCUGAAUGCUAUGCGAAGCCAGCUGGUCUCGCUGACCUGAAGCCGACCUUUACCCAUUGCCUCUCCGUUGCAAAGGACGGUUGCAACGCGAUUGCCGAAAGGGUCGGCUGCUUGAGCAGACAGAGUGCUGGCUCGAGUGCGCAGGGCACUCCAGAUCCAUGUGUAUGGUGUGGAGGCAAAGACUGCCACGGCGAUUCGCAUGCAGGAUGUACGGCUUUCUCCAUGCUUGCGAAGACAACAGCAAACACUGUGACUGCAAAUGCCUUUGAGAAAGUUGGUGCACUUGAGGUAGCCCACUGCAUAGCAUCAUCGCCAGAAGCCGGCGAUGCAGCUGUGCCGGGGACUCCUCCCGUUCCCCCAGUGCCACCACCACCCAGCCCACACACUGCACAAACUGGCUUGGUCACUAUACAAAACGAUGCUUCAAACACAUUGCUUGGAAGCGCGCCACCUACACCGAACGGGGUGCAGAAUGGUACCAAGAUGGACUGCUUGCAGCCGGCUACAUCUUGUGGUGCCAUCAGGGACAAGCUGAUCUGUUUGAGCAGCAAGGACGGGCGGAUCGGCUUGAAGGAGCAUGGCCUCAAUGUUGGUGGAGAAGCAUGUGUGUGGUGUGGUGGUGAGCCCUGCACGAGUAAUGGCGGCAACCUCUGCGAGCCCUAUGACUGGCUUCAACACGGGGAAGGGCUAGCUUUCGCAAAGGCUUCAUCCAAAAUCCGCAAGACAGCCAUGUGUUCCGAGGAAACAAGAUUCGACAUGGAGGAAGUGGGUUGCUUGCAGAUGCAACCCGAAGGAUGCAACAACAUCCGAGAAAAAGAUAAAUGCUUGACAAGCAGGGAUGGCCGCCCGUUCAUCCAAGUGGCCGGCUUUGACGUUCAUGCCCAGCCCUGUGUCUGGUGCGGGGGGAAGCCCUGCCAUGGAAACAAUGACAAUUUGUGCGAACCCUACGACUUUAUAAUCAACGGUGGCGGCCAUGCUUUCAAAAACAUUCCUGGGCCACGGACGGUUGCAGGUUGCAGAGCAGGUAUGGCUUAUGCGGAUCAUCUGUAUGAAGACGCCACCGGGAAGGUUGAAGAAGCGCCGGCCCUUCCAAAAGAAGGAGACUCGCAGGGGCAGCAAGUCGCUGUAGUAGGACAAGACCAGCCGAACAGCAUGCAUCCUCCAGCCGCUGCUGGUGCAGCCCUGCCUUUGCAGAACAUUGGCCUUGAUUGCUGGUAUGAAUGCAAGCAAACAUCAGGCUUUUGCGAAUUCUGUGGGGUUGGAAACGCUUGCUGUCGGGAGGGCUAUGCAGACUCUCCAAAGGAGUGUCAAGGCAAUGUGCACUUCACAACUUGGCAUCAUGAAUGCAUCGUGCCAGAUCAUUCCAAGAGCAACGUAGCUCACGAACAGAUAGCUAUUGCAGCACAGGCUGCUGCAAAGGAAGCCGCCGCUGGUGGUGCUACAGCGGAAGAGCAAGUACGGCAAGCAGCUCUAGCAGCGGGGCAGUACGCUAAGCAAAUCGAUGUGCCACCUGAGGCUGCCGCCAAGAUUAUAGCUGCUGGUGUCGAAGAAGCAUCUAAAAGCAGUUCAACAGGACAGACGCCAAGCGAAAUGAAAGCUGCAACUAUAGCUGCUCAGGCAGCGGUUUCGCGAGGCACUCCGCAGGAGCAGCUGGCCGAGGUGGCUGAAGCGACUACUCAGGUGGCGGCGGAAGCAGGUAAGGGCUUCCAACAGCAGGCACAGGCUGCAGCAGUCGCGGCAGGCGCGGCUGCUGGGCAAAUGGGGCUGCAUGCAGCGGAUGCUGCAUUUGUAGCCGCGCAGGGGGCUGCCAGCGCAUCACGGGCUGCUGGCGAAGGCGAGGAUUCCGCAAUCACGGCUGCAGCAGCUGCGGCCCACACGGCCGCUGCAGCAGCUGGCAAGUCAGGCGAAGCACUGAUUGCCACCAUAACGGAGGCGGUUGCUAAGGUUACAGCUUCUGCUGGCAUGAGUGCAGAGGACCAGAAAGCAGCAGUGACGCAAGCAGCCGAUACUUAUGCUGCAGCUGCAGGCCUGUCGGCAGCAGCCGCCGAAGUGGCAGCACUUCACACCCUGGCAAGUAGCAAAGGCCGGGCGCCUGCGCCAGCACCAGUACCAGUCCAGAUUGCACCAGAAGUCCCAAGUGCACCCUUGACAGAAGUCAAGAGCCCGACUGUAAUGCCGACCGGCAUGCCCGAGAAUCCUGCACCCAUUGCAACGCCCGCAACGCCCGCCGUAGCACCAGCAACAGCUGAGGCACCCACUAUAGCACCAGCAAUAGCAGCAAAGAAUGCAACCUUGCCGACUCCAGAACAGGUGGCCCUCCAAGCGGCGGUGGCAGCAUCUGCCGAAUCACCAGCAGUCAUGAAAAGUGCAGCCGAAAACGCGGCUUUCAAUGCUGGUAGCUCCAAAGAGCAGGCAGCAGAAAUUGCACGCGCAGCUGCUUUUGCAGUGAGUGGUGGCUCCGUGAGCGGGCACACAAGCGCAACCAUCGCACCCUUAACAGAGGGAGUAGAGAAAUCGUCGCAAAGCGGGGGGAUGCUGAAAAUGCCCGACAGAAAAGCAGGGAUUGAUGCAGCGGAAGCCGGCGCUGAAGCUGCCAGAGUUGCGGCGGCUGAAGGGAAGACACCUGCGGAGCAAGCCAAAGCUGCUGCAGAAGCGGCCGGCAGAACGGCGAUGAAUGGAGGUAUGAAGCUGGUUGGAGCUGAGGAGGCAGCACGGAGUGCUGCCGUGAAAGCUGUGAGGGCUGCCGGCCUGGAUUCCGAGGAGGCUGCAAGCGUUGGUACAUCAGCUGCAGAGGAAGCUGCGUCGUCGGGUGCAUUCACUGCCCACGACAUUGUGGUCAGGUCCACGCCGAAGCAGCCGAUGGCAAUCAAGGCCAAGGAGGCAUCGGAGGAGGAUGCAGAGGUGGCCGCAGUUCCACUUGAUGCAAAAGGUUGUUCCGGAGAUCAGUGUGACCACGGCAGAUCCCAUCUUGUGCUGCCACUCGCGGCAGCAGCUGUGAUUGUGCUGCUGGUUUGCUGCGCGAGCUACGUCCUCACGUCAAAGAAGAGACCCCGCAAAGGUGAGCGAAGCGUUGCUGUGGAACGCCCUGCCCCUGCUGAUGUGGAGAGGGCAGAGGAAGCACCGUUGAUUCAACACCCGGCUGCACAGCUCCCCGCACCACCGACCGCUCUCCCGAGAGCGGCCGUUCCUGGAGCUGCAACUCAAGCAGCUCCACUUAUGCCGCGCACGGCUGUCGCUGCCCCCACGGUCUACACAACAGCGCAAGGUAGCCCUGUGUCGACCAGCUAUGUUUCAUACGUGCGAGGUGGGAUGGCUGCACCGACUGGAGUUCGAUUUGGUGUUUCACCCGCACCCGCAGCAGCAGCAGCGGCAGCGCACACUGUCAGCCACGGUGCCCAAGCGGGGAUUGCAGGUCCAGCGGCACAGGCAGCCACCGCAUCAACCAUGGCUCUCUUUGAUGCCUUAGAUGCGAACGGAGACGGAGUUUUGGAUGCAGCAGAGCUUGCACAAUUAAAGAUGGGUGGACCUCCUCCAGCUCGUCCUGCCUUACCCAGUGAACCUGUAGCGUCGGUGACACGCUUCCCCCCAGUCUUCCGAGCACCUUGA